AAAACAAACAGUCUCAUGAAUUACCUCAAGUAGAGACUUUUUUCUUGUAUUCAUUAACAUCGUCUGUGCUCUAUUUAGCAAUGUUUUUUGGUGUCUGUGCACCAUUCACUGACUGUUACAUAGCUGUUUACUAAGAAAUGGCUCCCAUCAGUGCAGGCAUUGAUAUAUAAGUUGUAUGAGAAGAACUUUUUCAAAAACAAAUCAACUAUACACAGAUCUUGAAUUUCAAAGAUUUUGAGUUAACAUCAUGCUACUGGUUGCUCAGUUACUGAUUGUGAUAGCUACAGUGGUUCACCAGACUAGCUGCCAACAAGUUGGAAGAAAAAUGAUUGUUUAUGCAUUAGCUGGAGAUAUAGUUACUUUGCCUUGUGACAUUCCGUACCCAUCUGAGGAAAUCAUUGCAUGGUUUGGCAGUGCUUGGAGAAAUGCUCCAUUAGAACUUAUAUAUACAAAUGUCAACAACCCAAACAGAGAGGUCUCAAAUCCAAGAAAAUACUCGAUGGAUACCGGUGAUAGUUACAACAUGAAGAUAAGCAUUGAUGCAAGCCAACACUUUCAUUAUUGUGCUGUGAUUGGGCCAAACAACACUGAACUCUUCAGGCCAAAUGACUUUAUGUUCAUCACAUUCUUUAGUUUUGGCUGCCCUUCUUCGCUUACUGCUCCAGUAUAUCAGGAGACAAAUAUUAUGUGUCAGUACAGAGUAUCAGGGGGUGUAGCGGGACAACUUGCAUGGUACAAUGAUGUCAAUGAAUACAUCACUACCAGACAUUGCUGGUUUAGUCCGGAGUCUACUAGUGUAGGAUAUGGUGCAUGUGUUGAUUUGUUUCCAAAUCAAACAGAUAUUGGAUAUACAGAAACCCUGAGAUGUACAUUGAUUUCUGGUGGAGCUCCAGGUCCAAAUGUUAUAAAGACAUUUGAUGAUAUUUCAUGUUUUACCAGUGUUACUAUUGUUCCAUGAGAUGAUUAAUCAUGGUUGAUUCACAAAAUAAUAAAUGUUUCACAUUAGAAACUGACAUUACAUUAA